AUGAGUGCUACUGUGAAUAAAGUUUCGAAUAUUUUUGAUAGCUCAGAUUUUGAUGAAGAAACAUGGCUUGUGCAACCGCCUGGCUUAUCAUCACAAUCAGAUACAACACACAGCUCAGGUCGUAUUCUUGAAUGGCUGCAGGGUGCAGCAAUGAAUGUUGAUUUUCAAACACGAAGUGCACUAAGCCGAAAAUUGGCCAUUCAAGCAGCGAAGAAAAGUUAG